AUGGAGUUCUUCAACGACGUAGGCGGAGAUCCGCUCAAGCCUUCCUUGUUCGAAUUGGUUGCUCAAGAGCAGCUCCGUGACUUGCUUCAACCUGCUCUAAAGUAUGUACUCGCAGUAUUCGCUCAACGCUACCCUCGCCAUCUGAUUCGUAUAGUCAACCGUCAUGAAGAGUUCUAUGCGUUCAUCAUGCUUUUUGUCGAACGUCAUUAUCUCCGCAAACACAACGCAUCAUUUUCUGAGAAUUUUUACGGUCUGAAGAGACGUAGAAAGCCUUGGAUAACAACCGAACGAGCAACAGCUGCUGUCGGUGGAAUACCAGCUGGGGAGAAGCUCAGGAAUCGCGAGAUUUGGCGGUCGCUAUUUUUCCUGAUUGCUGUGCCUUAUCUACGAGCGAAAGGGCAGGACUACUACGAGACGCUCGGUGGAGGCAUUGAUUCUGAUAUCCUGGAGGAUGGAGCCAGUGAAAGACAUAUACGAGGUCUCACGGACGAGAGUAUCACAGGUGUCCUACGCAGAAAUUUCAAAACACUAUACCCAUGGUUCAACACCGGAUUUGAAGUGUGGCUUCUCGCCCACAACAUAUCCUAUUUAUUCGACCGCACGCCAUUCUACCGCCCAUGGCUAGCUUGGAUAGGAGUCGAUCUACGCAGACUCAAUAUGGACGAUUUUCUCGCACAGCAAGGGAAACAACAUGCCAUCUCCCCCCCAAAGGGCGGGUUUUUAGCUAUAGUCCGAAGGCUCCUGCUGCGGUCACCGCAAUUAUUGCUCGACUCCUUGACUCUUCUCUUACCUACAGCCAUCUUCUUCAUCAAAUUUCUGGAGUGGUGGUACUCCCCCGGCUCCCCAGCGCGGUCACUAUCUAUAUCCCCUCUAGGUCCGGCCAUCCCUCCACCUCAAAUACUCCCACCGCAUCCUGCAGGGAUCUCUAUUGACAGCACGAAAUACGGACAUUGCCCGCUCUGCAAAGAACCUAUCAACAACGCAACAGCGUUACCAUCUGGUUACGUAUUCUGCUACCGCUGCGCGCACUGA